AUGGCCUCGCCUAUGAAUAUUGAGGUGUGCUGGCUGUGGGAUCGAGUACUCGGAUCCGUGCGGAACGCCAAAAAGACUCAAGACGAGGGUACUCGGCUCCAGCUACAAGUUCCCCCUUUGGAACUCCGUCGCCCUCGGGCUGCUGAGAAGAGGCCCCCUCUUCUGAAUGGAGCCGUUAAUUUAGGGAAGGAGAAGCCGUUCUUCUCCGCUUCUUUCUGCACUCAACUU